CCCCUUUGAUCAGUAUCCAUUGCAAUUAAAAGGAUUAGGGAGGUGCUGUGCAACCGCAAAGUAACCAAAAGUACCGUGCGCCUCCAUUUAUACAGUUAAAAAACUGAAAAUGACAAAAAAUCGAAAAUCCCUAGGUGAAAUAUUUUCUAGGUCACAGAUAUCGAAAAGGGACCCCCUUAGCUACCUUUCCACGAAAAAACAUUUUAGGUACAUUCAAUUUCAAUAAUAAUUGCCUUCCGCCAUGGCGUGCGACGGUUACUUCCGCUGGGCCUGCAAAAAGAAAACCUGUACCGAGGAGGAACUCUUCGCCGAAAAGGAGGUGAAGUACGUUCCGUCGGAACAGCGCAAGGCCGAUCAGAAGUUCUUGGACGAGGAGGUCCUGAAGGCCAUCAAGGCGCACCCGGAGGACAAGGUGAUUCGCCGGUACCUCAAGACGAUGUUCUCCAUGCCAACGUAAAUAUUAUCUUAAUGUUAAGCCUUUAGAGGAUUCAGCUAAAGAGUUGAAUCUGUGCUGCACCAGUCUGAGAAUUUCUUGGGCCAACGGAGACUUAGCGGCACAUGCAACCCAAAUGCUGAAGGAAUCCUCAUG